AUUAAUUAUUUCGUUGCGUUCAAGGGGGGAAAAACGAAAGAGAUCUGUCGAGUAAUUGUUAAUUACGUACUCCGCGCGCAAUUAAUUAAUACUGUACAGUAAUAUAUAGUGAUGGAUUUGGUGAAUUCAGUGCUGAACUUGGUUGUGCCGCCGGCGAGCCUGGUGAUUCUGGCGUUUGCGUGGCCGGCUUUGACUUUCAUCAGCGCAGGUGAGUGGCUUUGGAGCGUUUUCUUCGGGGAGGAGAUCAUGGAGGACAAGGUCGUCGUCAUUACCGGAGCAUCUUCCGGCAUCGGUGAGCAAAUUGCAUAUGAGUAUGCAAAAAGGGGAGCCAAUCUGGUGUUAGUAGCACGGAGAGAGAACAGGCUGUGGGGGAUAAGUGAGAAUGCUACAUUGCUGGGUGCCAAGAAUGUGUUGGUCACAGCCGCAGAUGUUGUCAAGGAAGAAGACUGCAGGAGAUUCAUCACUGACACUGUCAACUUCUAUGGCCGAGUGGAUCAUCUCGUAAAUACAGCAAGCUUAGGUCAUACAUUCUACUUUGAGGAAGCCAUGGACACUUCUGUGUUUCCCAUUUUAAUGGACAUAAACUUCUGGGGAAAUGUGUAUCCAACAUAUGUAGCCCUUCCAUAUCUGCGCCAACACGGAGGCCGGAUCAUAGUGAACGCAUCAGUCGAAAACUGGAUGCCUUUACCAAGAAUGAGCUUAUACUCCGCAGCAAAAGCCGCACUUGUAAAUUUCUAUGAGACAUUGAGGCUGGAGGUGGAAGAUAGCAUUGGGAUCACAGUCGCAACACAUGGCUGGAUCGGAACUGAAAUGAUGAGGGGGAAAAUCAUGGUGGAUGAAGGUGCAGAGAUGCAAUGGAGAGAAGAAAGGGAGGUACAUGCAAGUGCAGCAGUGGAGGAGUUUGCGAAGAUGAUAGUGGCCGGGGCAUGCCGUGGGGAUGCAUAUGUGAAGUACCCCAGAUGGUAUGAGGACACGUUCCUGCUCUACAGGAUGUUUUCUCCGAAGGUCAUCAACUGGGCAUUCCGUCUGGUCCUUGACAACCUGAGUGCAAGGAGGACUUCUUUCAUUGGGAC